UGCAGCUCUGCAAGGGUAAUAAGGUAUUUUGGGACCCGGCGUUUCGAGGGGGUUUUUGGAGACUACCUUACCUUACCUAUCUUAGCUACACACCCACCCGCUCCAUGCCAUUGAAGGGCCGCUGUCCGUCUCGCGAAACCCGCGCAUCCCACCACCAGCUUCACGCGCACUCCAGUAGUCCACAGACAUGGCCUCUUCCUCCUCCUCCCCCUCCUCCGCAUCGGGAACCGGCUCCGAGUCUUCAGAUGCCGUCGAUUUGGCCCAGGCCUUUGCAGAAGUAGCACGAGGCGAGAAAACCGCCCAGGCUCUCGAAGCCCACCUCUCCACCUUAGAAAAAAAGAUCGAUGAUCUACUCGCUAGCUUCGAUGAGGCGGAGCUGCAACGCAUGGACGAGUCGAGUAACGGGAAAGAAUCAAGUCAGGAGAGAAGGGGAGCUGAGUGACGUCCGACGAGGACGGAGAUGAAGUUCUGGAUAGGUAUUUAGAUGGUU